UCCUGUCAAAUGGUGCAAAAAUCUGCGAAAAACUAGUCGAUCGUCUGUACUUGUGGUGAAAAAUUUUCGUUUCUGCCCCGGAAAACAAUAAAAAUCAGCAAAAAUAACGGUGAAAAAUAUGACCGAGGUCCUGAGCAACAACACUACCGAUAAGGUAGCUGCGCUUGUGAAGGAAGCCGAAUCACUGAAGGCAAAACUUGAAGAGGAACGGCAGAAGCUGAACGAUGUUACUCUUUCCUCCGUCGCCGAGCGGCUUGAAAUGAUCACGUAUUUGAACAUCAAGCCGCGUCGGGUACUGAAGGGCCACCAGGCGAAAGUCCUCUGUUCCGAUUGGUCCCCCGACAAGAGGCACAUCGUUUCUUCAUCCCAGGAUGGAAAACUGAUUAUCUGGGAUGCGUUCACCAACUACAAGGAGCAUGCCGUGACGAUGCCCACUACUUGGGUGAUGGGAUGCUCGUACGCUCCGUCCGGGAACCUGGUGGCUUGUGGUGGACUGGAUAAUAAAGUAACUGUGUAUCCAAUAACUAUGGAGGAAGACAUUUCAUCCCGUAAGAAAACCGUUGGAACGCACACAAGCUACAUGUCUUGUUGCAUUUUUCCUAACUCCGACCAGCAAAUAUUGACCGGAAGUGGUGAUUCUACCUGCGCUUUGUGGGACGUGGAAUCCGGUCAACUGCUCCAGAGCUUCCAUGGCCACACGGGCGAUGUGAUGUCGAUAGAUCUGGCGCCUAACGAAACCGGUAACACGUUUGUGUCUGGAAGCUGCGACAAGAUGGCUUUCAUUUGGGAUAUGCGCUCCGGUCACGUUGUCCAGUCGUUUGAAGGGCAUCAGUCCGAUGUUAAUAGUGUGAAAUUUCACCCGAGCGGAGACGCAAUCAGUACUGGAUCGGACGAUAGUACUUGCCGACUUUUCGAUAUGAGAGCAGACAAAGAAGUGGCUGUUUUCAGUAAGGAUAGCAUAAUAUUUGGUGUCAACUCAGUUGACUUUUCCGUUAGUGGCCGAUUAUUGUUCGCUGGCUAUAACGACUACACAGUGAAUGUGUGGGAUACUCUCAAAGCGCAACGUGUUUGCCUGCUCUAUGGGCACGAAAAUAAGGUAUCUUGCCUGCAAGUGUCACCGGAUGGCACAGCAUUAUCCACCGGAAGCUGGGACUUCACCUUGAGAAUAUGGGCUUAAGAUGUGUAUUCCUCCGAACAAUAAAAUCUGUCACAAACCUACACAAAGCGCAGUCGCUGUAGUUUUGAAAAGUUACAAUGAAUGAAAUAUUAGGAAGAAUUAUUAGGAGUUGAUGUGUCUCUCUGUCUAUAACUAAAGAUAUUUUAUCUAAAUACCGUUAAAUAGUCAAAAAAAAAAAAAAAAUGCAUUGAAAAUCAAAACUAUUUCGGCUGCUUUUUUCUAGAACAAAGUAUUGUUUUACUAGAGAAUUUUUGUUUAGUAAUAUUCAACAAAGAAGAAUCGUACAAAUUAUUUUCGAUUGACGUGUAUUUUGGACAUUUGCGGAAAAAUCGAAUGGAAGUGUCCAAAAAAUGUUCUGGUUAUGCUCUGUUCAAAAUACACAUUUUACACUAUUUUAUAAUUGUUUUUAGAGUUGUGAUAAUCAUUAACUAAUAAGUAGCAUUAGUGUAUUUAUUACAUUUUUCAUAAUUUAUUUUUGUGCCAUGCUCUAAGCAGAAACAAAGCCAUUUAUCAAAACAAAAUAAACUGAAUGUAUUCUCUAUACGUGUAACUAAA